AUGUCCUGCCCGGUUGUUCUUCUCUCCACCGGAGGUUCCCCUCGCCUCUCGCUGCUCCUCAUUCUCCUCUCGGUCUCCCGCCACCGAGUCCAGCUGUGGCCCUCGCAGGGCGCGCUCGCUGGCUCUCACCUGACUGGUCCCUGGCCUCAGGACGACAGCCAGGACCACCACGCUCCCUACAUGAGGGACAAGGCGACGCAGACCCCCAGGGCCUGGGCAGAUGAGAGGAGGAGGGGCUCUCACAAACGCUCGGCCUCCUGUGGGAGCACCGACCAGCUCAAGGAGAUUGCCAAAUUGCGUCAGCAGCUCCAGCGCAGCAAACGCAGCAGCCGCCAUCGGAGGGAGAAGGACCGCAAGUCUCCGUUCAAUGGCAGCCACACUAUCAUCCAGUCCCAGUCGCCGAUGCCCAAGACCAUCCUGAUCCCCAUCCCUAUCUCCAAGUCAUCGGCCCCCCGCUUCCGCAACAGCAUGGAGGGCCUCAACCAGGAGAUAGAACGCAUCAUCAUCCGAGACACCCCCGAGAAGGAAGAGCCCAUCGUUCCACAGGACGUUCCAGAUGGGCACCGUGCACCCCCACCUGUCCCCCCGCAGCAGCGCAGCAGCAGCACGCGCAGCAUCGACACGCAGACACCCUCGGGGGGCGGCCUGAGCAGUAACCAUAGCAACUGCAGCAGCCGCCCCGACUCCAUCUCGCCCUCCUACCUCACCGUCCUCAACGACACGAGCGGAGGCAGCCCCUACGAGGAGAAAGAGCUCGGACCCUACUCGCCGCUGCCCAAGUACGCCGCCUCUCCCAGACCCAACAACAGCUACAUGUUCAAGAGGGAACCUCCAGAGGGCUGCGAGAAGGUCAAAGUGUUCGAGGAGUCCAUGCCCAAACAUCUGCAGAACAUCCCAACCUUCCUGUGUCCCGACCGCAACAAGGUCAACUUCAUCCCCAACAGCGGCUCUGCCUUCUGCCUCGUCAGCAUCCUCAAGCCCUUCCCCCCCGCCCCGGAGCUCAGCUUUCGCCCCGGGGUGGGCCUGCGAAGCCUGUCCCCGGCCCUCGUGCCUCUGUCCACCCAGCCCUGCCUCCUGGAGGAGCCCGAGAGCUUCUGA